GAAGUUGACUUUACUUUCACUUUCAACUUUUUUUUUCUUUCUAUCACACUGAUGGCGCAGCAGAAAGUUCCGCCGGACAGUCGGUGUCUCAGAGCUCAUUGACUUCAGAGGACACAAAGCAGCAGCACUGACACAACAGAACGAGUCUCUGAUGUUUCCAGCACAUUGACAUCAUGGCGGCUGCAGGAUCUGAUGGUGAUUCAGGUGCCAAGAGGCGCAGCAGGAGCCCUGAACAUGAACGUCCCGACUUUAAAGAUGAACAUCAACCACAUAAGCGCAGAGCGAGCAAUGACAAUCUGCCACCUCACAGUGCCAAGAGGCGCAGCAGGAGCCCUGAACAUGAACGUCCCGACUUUAAAGAUGAACAUCAACCACAUAAGCGCAGAGCGAGCAAUGACAAUCUGCCACCUCACAUGUCUGAGCUGAGGGUGGUUCUGCUGGGGAACAGCUGGUCUCAGAGGAGUUCAGUGGGGAACUUCAUACUGGGAGUGACUGCGUUUGCCACCGAGGGAGAACCACAAAGCUGUCAGAAAGUCGGAGGACAAGUAAAAGGGAGACACAUUGUUCUUAUCAACACCCCAGAUCUGCUGCGUCCUGACAUCACUGUAGGAGAAUUGAAAGAACAUGUAGAUACCUGUGUGAGAUUCUCUGCUCCUGGUCCUCAUGUGUUCCUGCUGGUUCUACAGCCUGAAGUCUUCACUGAGCAAAACAAACGGAGGCUGCAGUCAAUCCUUGAAAACUUCAGUGAUAAAUCAUUUGAUCAUUCACUGGUUCUGAUAGCACCACCCAGAGAGGAGAGUCCAGGUUCCAUGGAAGGAUGCCUGCAGAAUCCACAUUUGAGAGACAUGAUCACAAAGUGUAGAUCCAAAAUAAUGUGGCCUGUUGACCAUCAACAGCUGUUCGACCAAAUGGACAAAAUAGUGCAAGAGAGCAAAGAACCUCAUGUGACCCAUGAAUCUUACAAAGAUGCAACAUCUGAUUUACCUGGUGGUCCUCAAGGCACAACACAAGGAGAUGGACUCCAUAUAGACUUGGGUCCUGUCAAGGCUGCUGGGCUGAAAUAUCUGUCGGGCACAGAGCAUUCAGUAAAAAAGCCACUCGCCCGCUUCCUAAAAAAAAAUUCUCCAUCACACACUCCCUCAACUGUGGAAAGCACAAGCAACCAGCCACCAUCUGUUUCAACACCUACAGUCAGGAUUGUACUGAUGGGGAAAAGUGAAGACAAAAUGACAAAGCUGGGUAACUUCAUCCUACAGAGUCAACAUUUUAAUUUACCAAAACAUUCCAAACAAGUGGUGUACGCCUGGAGAGAGUGGAAGGGAAACUAUCUUAGUGUAGUUAAAACUCCAGACAUGUUCAGUCUGUCUGUGGAGGCAGUUAAAGAAGAGAUGGUGAAGUGUUUCAGUCUGUGUCUCCCUGGACCAAAUGUUCUGCUGCUGCUAGUGAAGCCCUCCAACUUCACACAGAAGAACAGAGAUACACUGAAGUUCAUCCUGAGUUUGUUUGGUCCAGAAGCUUUUAAACACUCGAUGGUCAUCACCACACAUGAGUGGAAGGAAACUAGCACUCUGCAUCAGCUCCUUGAAGACUGUGGAGGAAGACGCUACAACAUGUCUGAAGACAACCACGGGUCAUUAAUGCAGAACAUUGAGAACAUUGUGCUUAAAAACAGAGGAGCCUUCCUCACCUUCAGUGACGAGACCAUCAGACCACAGUCUGAACACAUCAGACCAGCUGUGAACCUGGUUCUGUGUGGGAGGAGAGGAGCAGAGAAGGCGUCAGCAGCUGAGGCCAUUUUAGGUCAGACAGAGUUUCCCUCAGUCUCCAACUCAUCAGAGUGUGUUCAGAGUCAGGGAGAGGUGUGUGGACGUUGGGUUACUCUGGUGGAUCUGCCUGCCUUGUGUGGGAAACCUCAAGAGGAGGUGAUGGAGGAAUCACUCAGGUGUGUCUCCCUCUUUCAUCCUGAGGGCGUCCACGCCUUCAUCCUGGUCCUACCUGUGGGUUCUCUCAACGAUGAAGACAAGCUAGAGUUAAAGACCAUCCAGGACACAUUCAGCUGUCAAGUCAAUGACUUCACCAUGAUUCUGUUCACUGUGGACUCAGAUCCUGCAGCUCCAGCUGUUGUUGACUCUGUUAGCAAGAACAAAGACAUCCAGGAGCUCCGUCAGAGCUGUGGAGGAAGAUACUUUGUUCUCAACAUCAACAACAAGCAGCAGAUCCCAGAACUGUUGAACACUGUGGACAGAAUUAAACCGUCCUGCUACACAGCUGCAACAUUAGCACACGCACAAUGGGAUAAGGUCAUCAAGCAGCAAGCUGAACUUGAGAGUCUGAGAAAGAAAAUCAACAUCACUUCUGCUGAGGAACAGAGUCCAGCGUGUCUCAGGAUCGUGCUGAUUGGGAAGACUGGCGAUGGAAAAAGCUCUUCAGGAAACACCAUCAUAGGAAGAAAGGUGUUCAAAGCUGAAUCAAGCCAACAUUCAGUUACCAAACAUUGUCAGAAAGAAGGAAGUGAAGUGAACGGUCAGCCUGUGUUUGUGGUCGACACUCCCGGUCUGUUCGACACAACUCUGAGCCAUGAAGAGAUCAAUAAGGAGAUGGUGAAAUGCAUCAAUCUUCUUGCUCCAGGACCUCAUGUGUUCCUGUUGGUCAUGUCAAUUGGCAGAUUUACACAAGAGGAGAAGGAAACAUUAAAACGUAUCCAGGGAGCCUUUGGGACGAAUUCUGAAAGGUUCACCAUCAUUCUGUUAACUGGAGGAGAAAUACUAAAACAUGACCGUCUGUCCAUUGAAGAGUACAUUGACAAGAAAUGUGAUGAUUCAUUUAAGAAUUUGAUACAAGACUGUGGAGGAAGAUAUCACGUGUUCAAUAACUGGGAUGAACACAACCACACGCAGGUCGAUGAGCUGAUAACCAAGAUUAACACCAUGGUGAAGACAAAUAGAGGCAGCUGCUACACUAAUGAGAUGCUGCAAGAGGCCGAGGCAGCGAUACAGAAAGAGACGGAGAAGAUCCUGAAGGAGAAAGAAGAAGAGAUGAAGAGAGAGAGGGAGGAGCUUCAAAGAAAACAUGAGGAGGAAAUGAAUGAAAUGAAAAGAAGACUAGAAGAACAGAGAGCACAAAUUGAAGAGGAGAGAAAGGUGAGAGAAAAACAACUUGAAGAGAAGGAGAAAAGCAUCGAGAAAGAACGUGAGGAGAGAAAGAAAGAAGAGGAAAGCAGAGAAGAAGAGAACAGGAAGAGAAAACAAGAGGAAGAGAUUCAGAAACAGGAGUGGAAACAGAGAGUUAAAGCUUUGGAGCAAAAAAUAAAAUCAGAGGCAGAAUCAAAGGAAAAAAUUUACAAACAACUGGAGGAGAGCAGAGAAGAGAUGAGAAGAGAGCGAGAGAACGAGGAGAGAAAACAAAAAGAAUGGUGGGAAAAACGAUAUCGAGAAGAUGAACAGAGACGACAGGAGGAACAAGAAAGACUGAGGAAGCUUCAAGAAGAAUAUGAACAAACAAGAGAAAAUGAUGAAAAGAAGAGAGAGGAAGAGGAUCAAAUCAGAAGAGAACAAGAGGAAAAAGAGAAGAAAGAGUUUGUGGAAAAAGAGCGAGCAAGAAUUGAAGAGGAGAGAAAAGUGAGAGAAAAACAACUUAAGGAAAUGAAGGAAAAUAUUGAGAGGGAGCGUGAGGAGAGACAGAAAGAACAGGAAAUGAGGGAUGCAGCAGACAGGAAGAGAAAACAAGAGGAAGAAAGUCAGAAACAGGAGUGGAAACAGAGAGUUGAAGCUUUGGAGCAAAAAAUAAAAUCAGAGGCAAAAUCAAAAGAAAACAUUAGCAAAAAACUGGAGGAGAGCAGAGAAGAGAUGAGAGAAGAGCGAGAGAACUGGGAUAGAAAACAAAAAGAAUGGUGGAAAAAACGAGAUGAAGAAGAUGAACAGAGACGAGAGAAGGAACAAGAAAGACUGAGAAAGCUUCAAGAAGAAUAUGAACAAGAGAGAAAAGAUGAUGAAAAGAAGAGAAAGGAAGAGGAUCAAAUCAGAAGAGAACAAGAGGAAAAAGAGAAGAAACACAUUGCUGAGACCUACGAGAAUAAAUUGGUGACUCUGGAGAAGAAGUAUGAAGAAGAAGCCAGAAAGAAAGCUGAAGAGUUUAAUGAAUUCCAGAAGAAAUACACCAAGGAUAUUGCAGACAAGGAGAGACAGCAUAAGGAACAAUACGACAUCUUAAAGGCACUUUCAGCCCACAGUGAAGGACAAAUGAGGAACAAACAUUAUGGUCAAAUUUCUGACCUGGUGAAAUGUGUGGCUGAGAAGAGAGGGAGUCUGGAGAAAAUCAGGGCUUUACUGAAUAAACAACAAGAGGAAAUGAGCAAGCAGAAAAAUGAGGAGGCAAAGAAAAAUCUGCAGCAAAAACAUGAAAAAGAAAUAAGUGACUUGCUACAGAAACUUUUGAAUCAAGCCGACACAUCAAGCUGUCCGAUUUUCUGAGGAGAUUUGUUUCCAUGUGAACAUCACGACAACUCAGCAGUUUCAGUUUCCUUUAUCUCCUUUCAUUCGGUUUCAGUAACUGAAACUUUUGAUGGUAAUACUUUGCUGUGGAUUAUACUGUUAUGUUUACCAGUGACACAAAAAAUACAAACAUUACUUCUGUCUGUUGAUUUUCAUUGUCAAGAAAUGUGAAAUCAGCAAACUUGUUGAAAUGUGUCAUUUCCAGCCGUCACAGUAACAUUUAGUGUAACUUGGUCCAACCUUGUGACUUUUCUACCAUUAAGUUUUUGUAAACGAGCUUUGUGAUUCUAUACAAUGCUAACCUGCAGGUAACCAUAGCAACAGAACUGAUGCUUCAGCCUUUGUUUGCAGUGAAGUGCAGAACCAUUUUUCUUUUUUUUUUGUUUAAAUGUCAGAUUUGUUAAAAUACUCACACAGUUUUUGAAUGUGAUCAUGUUGAUGCUGAAACAAACUUGUACUGAAGUUUAACUAACCGACUAACUGUUUUAUUUUAAUUGAAAUUACAACUGAGGCGAAUGGUGGGGCAAGAUGAGACUCAUUCUGUCCCAGAAACAUGCAGUUUUUCCAGAUCUAGAUAUAUUUUUGAACAUGUUCAACAUGCUUGAGUCACAGAAGACAGAAAAGUGAAUAAAUUAACAUUAAUUCAAAACCUGGCAUCAGACAUUAAGUUGUCUUGUCAGGAACGCCCUUUCUGGGUUUUAACAUUUCAAAUUUAUCCGUAACAGUUUUUCUCAUGUGGAAGUGUGAGUCUGUGAUUCAUUGUAUAAGUUUUCAACAAAAUAUUUUUUUCUCCUGUUAUUUUCUUCAUCUUAUUGAAUCAGGCAUUAAGAACAAUACAUGCAGCUUCAUGCUGAAGGAGAACCUCAGGUUUAUUUUGGACCUGUGUUUGUGUAUCUGCUGCCCUCCUCUGGUUCCAUGAUGCAUGUUGUUCCUCAUCUCCCUUCAAACUUGAACAUUUUCCAUGAGACUUAUUAUCUUGAUUUGUGAUUAAUAUGUGCCAUAAUUUGAUUUCCUUUUCAUUACACAGAUGUUGUGUGAGUUCACUUUGUCCUUUUAGAUAAGUUGUUUUUUUUUAAAUGACAGAGGCCUCCUACAUAGCUCUCUGACCAUUUUGUUUAUAUUUUAUUUGUUUUAUUUUGUUUGAUUAUACAAAUAUACGAUGAAGUCAUAAUGUUGUCAAAUUUUUAUCAACUUUAAUUUUUAAAUCUUCCAACCUGCUGUGAUGAUCAACCAACAGAAUGUUCAAAUAAAAUCUGCUCAUAUUGAA